CCACUAGCGGAGGUGACGCACAGGGCAUUCUUCGACGUCAGGGGCGAGGAGAACGCCGAAGGUGCGUGGAUGACGGAUUGGCACCUGACUUGCGCCCUCCUGCAGAGGCUGGAACUCAUGCGAAUCAGCCGCCUGCGGCACCAAUCUUUCUGGGCAUUGGCAGGCGGUGGACAUUGAUACGUGCAGGCACAACGAUAGUGAGCAAUUACGUGACACAGGCGGAGGCCGAGGUGAAGGCCAUGGGCACGUUCGAAGGCCGCAUUGUGUUUGGUCUGUACGGCGGCGAGACGCCCAAGACGGGGCCGGGCGGCUUUCCUGGCGCUUUGCCGCGGUGA